GCUCAUAUAAAGUCUGUCAUCUCAAUCACUCGUUCACUGUGAGACAUUCAGUCCAUCCCUCAACAUGCAAACCCACAAACUCUUCAUCCUCACCCUGCUGCUGUCUCUUCUCUUUUACUUACAGGUCGAGUCAGCACCUGUAGACAGUAACUGGGCCACAGGACUCGUCCAUCGUGCCAAGCGCUCGUUGCUAUGGCGAUGGAACACCCUGAAGCCUGUAGGUUCUGGAUGCAGAGAUCAUUACGAGUGUGGAACAAACUACUGCAGGAAACAUAUGUGUUCAUUUAAAAACCAGCAUGUGUACGACUGAGACAGUUACGCUGGAUUCUGGGACUGAAUGAUAAAAACUGAUCAAAGUCUCCCUCAUUCAACGUAUUAAAGAUCAGCAUCUUAAAAACUCUGUUUCAUUAAAUAUACGUCUGACCAAUGUGGCUAAAAAUAUCAACUUUGCAUGCAUAUUUUGACGUUUAAUGUGAUCAAAUACAAACAUCAAUGGCAAAAUGA